AUGGCAGCCAAUGACCCCAGCGCCAUUGAAGCGCAAUGGAGAGAGCAGUUCGAGGCUAUGAAAGCCGCCCUGGCUGAAUUAAAACUCCCCUCACAAGCCUCAAACAGCGACGAGUUCGAUGAGACCGACUUUGAAGGCUAUUCUUCGAGUGCCACUGGCCAAGAUGUCUGGGAUUUCAUCAGUGAUGAUGGGGAGGAAGAUGAUGAAAGUGAUUUCGCCGAGGCCGAUGGGGUACCCGGAAUUAGCGAUCUCGGUUCGGACUGGUUCGAAACCAAGUGCUUCGAGAUAGCCUCCAAAAAUGGGCUCUCUGCCGAUGUUUUCCAGAAUCAGGUUGUGAGCCUUCUCUCCGGCGGGGGAUCUCCCGAUGAGCUGCAGAUACACCUCACCGACCUGGUCGGCUAUGAUGACCUCGACUUCAUCAUUGAAAUCCUAGGCCACAAGGAUGAAAUCAUUGCCUCCACCCGUCAGAAGGAGGAGCCUUCGGGCGGCCGUAUCCUCUCCAAGGCUGAGCGUGAAAGUGCUCUUCGUCGACAGGAUCUCGAGCAUAAGUCGGCUUCCAUCGCAGCAAGUCAGACUCGGGAAGUACACUACCCCCAUGUCUACAAAUCCUACCAUGCUGGAAACACCCUGAGCCACUCUGGACGAAAGUAUGGCUUGCCCGCGGGGAGUGAGCAUCUUCAAUUCGACAAGUACGAGGAGUAUUUCGUUCCUGCGGGACGGAAAGGAACCCUUGGACCUGGCCAGAAGCUAGUUGAGAUAUCUGGCCUUGAUGGCCUUUGUCGAACCACGUUCAAAAACUACCAGAAUCUGAACCGCAUGCAGAGUUUGGUGUUUCCUGUUGCCUACAAGACUCACGAGAACAUGCUCAUCUGCGCCCCAACUGGUGCUGGUAAAACUGAUGCUGCUAUGCUGACGAUAUUGCACACUAUUGGCCAAUAUCUUACUCCCAACCCAAUGGAAGACAUGACCGCCACCGAGUUUGCUGUGCAGGCGGAUGACUUCAAGAUUGUUUAUGUCGCCCCUAUGAAGGCUUUGGCAGCCGAGAUUACUGAAAAGCUCGGAAAGCGCCUGGCUUGGCUGGGCAUCAAGUGCCGCGAGUACACGGGUGACAUGCAGCUGACGAAAGCAGAGAUUGUACAGACGCAGAUUAUCGUCACAACGCCCGAGAAGUGGGAUGUGGUAACGAGAAAGGGCACAGGAGACACCGAGCUCGUCCAGAAAGUCAGACUCCUGGUUAUCGACGAAGUCCACAUGUUGCAUGACGAACGCGGUGCCGUACUAGAGUCCCUCGUGGCCCGAACGGAGCGACAAGUCGAAAGCACACAAUCGUUGAUUCGCGUGGUCGGACUCAGCGCCACUUUACCCAACUACGUGGAUGUGGCCGACUUCCUCAAAGUGAAUAAACAAGCGGGACUCUUCUACUUCGAUGCCUCGUUCCGCCCGGUUCCUCUGGAACAGCACUUUAUCGGGGUCAAAGGCAAAGCAGGAAGCAAGCAAUCCAAGGAGAACCUUGACAACGUUGCGUUUGACAAGGUUAAGGAGAUGUUGGAGCGAGACCACCAGGUCAUGGUAUUUGUGCACUCGCGCAGAGACACUAUGCUCACUGCCAAGAUGAUCCAUGCCAAGGCCAUCGAGGCAUUCUGCACGGAACUCUUGGAUCCCGUUGGACACCCUGGCUAUGACCGCGCAGUAAGAGACAUGAAAACUUCCAGGUCCAAGGAGAUUCGUGAGUUGCUUCAGAAAGGUAUCGGCAUACAUCAUGCCGGUAUGGCAAGAGCCGAUAGAAAUCUGAUGGAGCGGCUCUUUGGUGAAGGCGUCAUCAAGGUUCUCUGCUGUACGGCGACUCUGGCAUGGGGUGUCAACUUGCCAGCUGCAGCAGUAGUCAUCAAGGGCACCCAAGUGUACAGUGCUCAGGAUGGCAAGUUUGUUGAUCUCGGCAUUUUGGAUGUGCUGCAGAUUUUCGGACGUGCUGGUCGUCCCCAAUUCGAGGACACCGGUAUCGGAAUGAUUUGCACAACCCAGGAUAAGCUCGCCCACUACUUGGCUGCUGUGACGGAACAGCAGCCUAUCGAAUCCAAGUUUUCCACCAAGCUUGUGGAUAACUUGAACGCCGAAAUCUCGCUUGGAACUGUUACAUCGAUCCAGGAGGCUGUGCAGUGGAUAGGAUACUCGUACCUCUUCGUGCGGAUGCGAAAGAAUCCUUUGACAUAUGGCAUAGAAUGGGCGGAGAUUCGCGAUGACCCAACCUUGGUCCAGAGGCGUCGUCAGCUCGCUAUUCAAGCUGCUCGUACCCUACAACAGUGCCAAAUGAUCAUCUUCAAUGAGAGGACAGAGGAACUGCGCAGCAAGGAUAUUGGUCGGAUUGCGAGCCAGUAUUAUAUUCUGCAUACCAGUAUUCAGGUCUUCAACACAAUGAUGAAGCCUCAGGCAACUGAAGCCGAUGUGCUCAGGAUGAUAAGCAUGAGUGGAGAGUUUGACAACGUCCAAUCUAGAGAUUCCGAGUCCAAGGAGCUGGUUCACCUGAAGGAUGAUGUUGUUCCUUGCGCCGUCGAGGGAGGAAUAGACACCCCCCAGGCCAAGACCAACAUUCUCCUGCAGUCUUACAUUUCGCGAGAGCAGCCAGAAGACUUUGCUCUUACCAAUGACAUGAACUACGUGGCGCAACAGUCUGGCCGCAUCUGUCGCGCGCUGUUUAUGCUCGCCUUGAAUCGGAGAUGGGGUCACCAGUGCCUUGUACUAUUAACAUUGGCCAAGUCUAUUGAAAAGAGGAUAUGGCCAUUCCAGCAUCCGAUGCAUCAAUUCGACCUCGCUAGACCUAUUCUGAAGCAGCUCGACUCCAAGGAGCACUUGACCAUAGAGGCGAUGAAGGAGAUGGACCCCGCAGAAAUUGGUGCCCUCAUCAACAAUCACGGCGCUGGAAAGAAUGUAGCACGGAUCUUGAGCCACUUCCCUACUGUCCACGUAGAGGCAGAGAUUGCCCCAUUGAACAGGGACGUGCUUCGGAUAAAGCUUUACGUGAUCCCCGAUUUCCAGUGGAAGGAUUCUUUCCAUGGUACGUCGGAGUCCUUCUACAUAUGGGUUGAGAACUCGGAGACUUCAGAAAUCUAUCAUCAUGAGUUUUUCAUCCUCAACCGUAGGAAACUUCAUGACGAGCAUGAACUCAACUUUACGAUUCCCUUGUCUGAUCCUCUGCCAACCCAAAUCUAUGUCCGAGCAGUCUCAGACCGAUGGCUUGGAGCAGAGACGGUCACUCCGGUCUCGUUUCAGCAUCUGAUCAGGCCCGAUACUGAGAGUGUCUACACAGAGUUGCUGAAUUUGCAGCCACUUCCCGUCUCAGCUCUGAAGAAUCCAGGCUUAGAAGAGCUCUACCAGAAGCGCUUCCAGUUCUUCAACCCAAUGCAGACACAGGUCUUCCACACACUCUACAACACUGCAGCGAAUGUUCUUCUGGGGUCCCCUACCGGUUCUGGCAAGACUGUUGCCGCUGAGUUGGCUAUGUGGUGGGCAUUCCGCGAGCGCCCAGGGUCCAAAGUUGUAUACAUUGCGCCCAUGAAGGCGCUGGUCAGAGAGAGGGUAAAGGAUUGGGGCGCGAGGCUGGCUGGCCCUCUUGGAUUGAAGCUCGUAGAGCUUACCGGAGACAACACACCCGACACCCGUACAAUCAAGGAUGCCGAUGUUAUCAUCACCACGCCAGAGAAAUGGGACGGAAUAUCUCGUUCGUGGCAAACCAGAGGAUAUGUGCGUCAAGUCAGCUUGGUCAUCAUUGACGAAAUCCACCUCCUUGCUGGUGAUCGUGGUCCCAUCCUGGAAAUCAUCGUCUCUCGAAUGAAUUAUAUUGCGUCGUCCACCAAGAACGCUGUUCGGCUCCUCGGCAUGUCCACAGCAUGCGCAAACGCUACUGAUUUAGCCAGUUGGCUGGGCGUCAAGGAGGGCCUCUUCAACUUCAAGCACUCGGUGCGCCCUGUUCCACUAGAACUUUAUAUCGAUGGUUUUCCAGAGACAAGGGGUUUCUGCCCACUUAUGCAGUCUAUGAACCGGCCAACCUUCCUUGCCAUCAAGAAUCACAGCCCAACCAAGCCUGUCAUCGUCUUCGUGGCAUCUCGGCGACAGACUCGCCUUACAGCCAAGGAUCUUAUUAAUCUCUGUGGCAUGGAGGAUGAUCCCCGUCGCUUCCUUCACAUGGAUGAGGACGACCUCCAGCUCAAUCUCGCAAGAGCCAAGGAUGAUGCGCUGAAGGAGGCCAUCAACUUUGGUAUUGGACUUCACCACGCUGGUCUGGUCGAAUCCGAUCGCCAGCUGGCCGAGGAGCUGUUCUUGAACAACAAGAUUCAGAUCCUUGUGGCCACAAGUACUCUGGCCUGGGGCGUCAACCUUCCCGCCCACCUUGUCGUCGUCAAGGGGACGCAGUUCUUCGAUGCUAAGAUUGAAGCGUACAGAGACAUGGACUUGACGGAUGUUCUGCAGAUGCUGGGUCGUGCAGGCCGCCCACAGUUCGACAACUCGGGUGUAGCCCGCAUCUUCACCCAAGAUGCUAAGAAGGACUUUUACAAGCAUUUCCUGCAUACCGGAUUUCCUGUCGAGUCUUCACUUCAUAAAGUUCUCGACAACCAUUUGGGUGCCGAAAUCUCCGCCGAAACCAUCCUCAACACGCAGGAUGCAUUGGACUAUCUGACCUGGACCUUCUUCUUCCGCAGACUGCACAAGAACCCCUCAUACUAUGGCCUGGAAAUCUCCGCCGCGGAGCACAGCACCAUUGCAGCACAGCAACUGGCCAACGAGUAUAUGGUCGAGCUGGUCAACAAAUCUCUCGGGGAGCUGAGCCAGUCCAAGUGUAUCGAGGUCUUCCCCAACGGCGACGUCGACCCCACGCCGCUCGGGAAGAUCAUGAGCUACUACUACCUCUCGCACAAGACCAUCCGCCACCUCGUCCGCAAGGCGAAGCCCAACGCCAGCUUCCUCGACGUGCUCUCCUGGAUGUCCCGCGCGACCGAGUACGACGAGCUCCCCGUGCGCCACAACGAGGACCUCGUCAACGACACCCUGUCGGACCACCUCCCCUUCCCAGGCCACUCGUUCGGGCUGCCCAUGUGGGACGCGCACGUCAAGGCCUUCCUCCUCCUGCAGGCGCACAUGUCCCGCAUCGACCUGCCCAUCGCGGACUACGUCGGCGACCAGACCAGCGUGCUCGACCAGGCCAUCCGCAUCGUCCAGGCGUCCAUCGACGUCCUCACCGAGCUCGGCCACCUGUCCAGCUGCCUGCGCAUGAUCGGCCUGCUCCAGUGCAUCAAGUCCGCCCGCUGGCCGACCGACCCCCCCGCGUCCGUCCUCCCGGGCGUCAGCGACUCGAUAAAGGACACCACCCCCCUCGCCGCCAUCAGCGCCCUCGACCCGCCCAAGGUCAAGCAGCUAGCCAGGUCCCUCGGCGUCGCGAGCCAGCAGGUGGGCCGGUUCUCCCGAGCCGUCUCGAUACUGCCCAACAUCGAGCUCUCCGUCAGCGGCGUCACGUCCUCGUCGCUGAGCGUGGGCGUCAAGCGCAUCAACCCCCUCGUCGAGCGGGACGCCCGCGUCUGGGCCCCCAAGUUCCCCAAGCCCCAGACGGAAGGGUGGUUCGUCGUCGUCGCGGACGUGGCGAAGGACGAGGUCAUCGCUGUCAAGCGCGCGGCCUGGCCCGCCAAGGGUGGGAAGAAGUUGCAGGCGGGUAGCCGGCCCAGCGCUCAGACGACGAUCAAGCUGGCGGAGUCGGAUGAUGCCGAGGGAAGGAAACUGGACGUCAUUGUAGUGAGUGAUUCGUACAUUGGUCUAGAGCAUCGCAUCCUAGGGGUGGACAUUCCUGCACGGCCGCAGGUGGAUGAUGAUGUGGGCCGGAAGGGGGACAAGUAG